AUGACGGUUAAAAUAGAUAUUGUGGUUGUAAAGGGUAGUGAUGCGAAGGUUUCAAAAACAAAGGAAAUUGAGGUUGUAAAGGUUAGUGAUACUGAAGAUACAACUUCUUUGGAACUUGAAGCUGAUGAUACAAAUUCUGAUUCCUCAGAAGCUGAAGAUAUGAACUCUGAUGAAUCAGAAACUGAAUAUAUGACUGCUGAGAAAUCUGAAACUGAGAAUAUAAAUUCUGAGGAAUCAUCAGAAGAAGUUGAGGAUUCAGAUGAUGAGCCACCAAGAUGUCCCGUGGAUUCCACUUCAAAAAGAAGUAAUUUGUCUACGGGGAGCUCUCUCGCGGAUUUGGAUAUAAAAAGGAGUAAUAAUUUGUAUGUUGAUGAAAGGGUUCACUUCAGUAUUCAGGGGAUAAAUUAUGGAUGGCCAUCCAAAGAUAUUCAAUCGAAGGAUAAGGGAAUUUUCAAUGCUGAUGAAAGGGUUCACAUCAGUAUUCAGGGGUUGAAUUAUGAAGGGCCACCCAAAGAUAUUCAAUCGAAGGAUAAGGGAAUUUUCAAUGCUGAUGAAAGGGUUCACAUCAGUAUUCAGGGGUUCAAUUAUGGAGGGCCACCCAAAGAUAUUCAAUCGAAGGAUAAGGGAAUUUUUUAUGGGCAGAGACAGAGACUCAAGUAACUAUACGUGUGAAUAUUCACGGUUACGGCCUACCGAAGGAGAAUUUCUGUUCCUGUUAAUAUGUAGCCAUAAACUACAAUCAAUGACACUAGUUUAAUUAUAAUAAAAUACAAACUCAAGAGAGCUUUGCAAACUUAUCUGUAUUCUCCUAAAUAAUUCAAGGUUUUAAUGUUGUUGUUAAAUGUC